UAACCUUUUUUCCUGUAGGUUGUAGCAUAGGAAAGCUCGGUGGUGGAUGACAUCUGUAAACAAGCUCGAGUGAAGCUGGAAACUAAACGAUAAAAGCGCGGCAAAGACUGAAAAAGAAGAGGUCGAAAUGGUGAGGGGUAACUCUGUGGUCCACUGUGGGCUGGUUCUGCUGAGUUUGUGGCUGUGUAUCCAGUCAGUGCCCAUCAGUGUCGACAGGUCCAAAGAAAAGCCUCCGGUGCAGGAACUGGAUCCCCCACAGAGUGCUGAGACUGGGCUUCACUACGACCGCUACCUCAGGGAAGUCAUCGAGUUCCUGGAGAAAGACCCUCACUUUAAAGAAAAGCUCAAAAAUGCCGACAUGGAUGACAUCAAGCAAGGCAAACUUGCCAAAGAGCUGAACUUUGUCCAACACAAUUUUCGUACGAAGCUGGACGAGCUGAAGAGGGAGGAGAUGAACCGGCUGCGGAUGCUCAUCAAAGUCAAACACGACAUUCAGGGGGGGAGCGGCCGGACAGUGGACCACCAGGUUCUGCUGAAGCAGUUUGAGCACCUCAGCCACCAGAACCCCAACACCUUCGAGGUGGAGGACCUGGACCAGCUCAUCCAAUCGGCGACUAAAGACCUGGAGAACUUCGAUAAGGACCGCCACGAUGAGUUCAAGAGGUACGAGAUGAUGAAGGAGCACGAGAGAAAGGAACGUCUGAAGACCAUGAACGAGGAGACUCGCAAGCAGGAGGAGCAGCACUACGAGGAGCUGAGGAAGAAACACGCUGAUCACGCAAAAGUGAACCAUCCGGGCAGUGAAGACCAGUUGAAGGAGGUGUGGCAGGAGACUGAUGGAAUGGACCCAGACAACUUUGAUCCCAAGACCUUCUUCAAAAUGCACGACACUAACGGAGAUGGCUUCUUCGAUGAGAGCGAGCUUGAAGCUCUCUUCACGAAAGAGCUGGAGAAGGUGUACAACCCAGAGAAUGAGGAAGACGACAUGGUGGAGAUGGAGGAAGAGAGGCUGCGAAUGAGAGAGCACGUAAUGAAUGAGGUGGACAUCAACAAAGACAGACUCGUGUCACUGAGCGAGUUCAUGGCUGCCACUCAGAAAGAGGAGUUCUUGGAAAAAGACGAGUGGGAGACUUUGGAUCAAAACCCGCUUUACACAGAGGAGGAGAUGAGGGAGUAUGAACAGCAUCUGGUCAACGAGGAGAAUGACAUCAACCAGAAGUCUGUGGAGCUGCAGAAACAGAGGGAGGAGCUGGAGAGGAAACAGGAAGAACUCAGUGCUCAGAAGCUGGGGCUGCAGCAGGCAGUAGAAGAAAUGGAAAGGAUAAAAGCUGAGGUCAAACAGCCGGGCGCUGCUGUAGCUGCAGGUGGAGCCCCACCAGUCGUACCAGGAAACAGUCACCCUCUGCGCCCCGAUGUCCCAGUGCCAGGACACUCUUAGCAGGCUCUACCCUCUGUGUGCUGCCAGUGAGCGAGCGAGUGUGUGUGUGUGUGUGUGUGUGUGAGAGUGUGUGUGUUCACCUUGUAAUGAUGCCCCAUUUUUGUAAUGAUUAAAAUGUUCAGUUUUUUUUUAUUUUUGAAAACACCACUUGAUGAAGAUAUGUCUCAACAAUGAGUGCACAUAAGAGAAUCAGAUUUUUCAGAUUUUGUGCGGCGGUGCGUUAUGCCUGCUGUAGCUGCAUCAAUCCGAAAUGUGGAGCUGGUCCAGUUCUCCCUGUGGACAAUCCACCCUUUUGUUUUUGUCAAUAAUCACAGCAUGACUGUUCUCCAUGGGAAGUGCUUUGGGCUUGGGGGGGGGGGGGGGUUGAGCUGAGCUGAAAGUGAAUGUUUUGUUUAGUGCGCACUGUAAUUCAUUAUCACUGAUUCUGCCUCUCUGAGGAAAUACUUUGAAGAGGGUUUAUUUAUUUCAUAAAAGAGAGCUGAUUGAUGCAUAAAAAAUGAAUGUUGAAAACUUUAAAUUUUAUGUAGCGCUGCUGCCCAAAGAGUCUAUACUCUUAUUUACAUUUCUCAUUUAGAAUUACACAAAGCAGACAUUUUUGGACCCAAAUAUCGUUCUUUCUUUAACUACUUUCCUGAAUUUGUUUGUUUCCUGCUUCCAAAUGUGAUCAUGUAUCUUAGUGUAAACCUUAGACUCCCUGUUAGUCGGAUCACUGUCCAUUUUUUAAAAUAUACAAGCUGUAAGAGGACUCCAGUCUGCUCCCGUUACCCACAAUCCUCCUUGUUGUUUCCUUUCGUGUGACGCUCUUGCACAUGAAGCUAAAAAAAUCCUUCUUAGAGUUUUUAUUUUUCAAAGUGUAUUCCUUUCAUAUAUCCUAUGGACCGGAUGAUUGAAGAAAGUCUCUUUAGUUUACAGAUAUCUUUACAUAUAUUUGAAUCUUUUAAUUGAAGAUCAUUUUUUUGGGUGUUAGAGACGAUUGUAUGGAUUCUGAAGUGUCUGUUUACACUGAGUUGUGUCUGUGAAUCUGUGGCAUUUUUCCUGAUAAAUACGUUUUAAUUUAUUUAUUCUCUCCACUUCUGUUACUCAGCAGGUUACAUUUUGUCAUAGUAGAUGGGGAAUAUAAAAUACCUCCAUAAAGAGCAUGUUACAGGGUCAAAAUUGCGUUGAUCAUAGGUUCAUACGACAAAUCAGAGAUAGAAAUAACGACUCAAAGAGAAAUGAUUGUUUAUUUUUUGAGCAAUUGAGUUCUGUAUUUUCCAGAAAGCUGUCAAAUCUGUCCACCUCCCGACAUCAUGUGUGAAGAAUGAAUGAAUCUGUAGUACAAGGUUUGAAUGUGGACAAUAAAAUGAAUGAUGUUGCA